CACCGAGUAACUACUAUUACUCGCCCAAACAACUCGCUAGUUCCAUAUCUGGGUAAGGGUAGUGCACGUUCACGAUAACCUCGGACAACACGCUUUACCCAGAGCACAUACACCUCAAUCUGGUGGUAAAUCGUAAUUCUGUGUUUUCUUCAUGAAUUACGGAAUUAUGGACGUUGGGAAUAACCCGGUGAAACGGCCUGGAGAUGGAGACGAUGGGCCGUUCUCCAAACGACAUCGAAACGAAGAAAUGCCGGAUUAUCAGGGAGUGAAUGGAACCCGUAAACCCUCUUACACAUCUGGUGCAGGUGCUGGGAUGGCAAAACCUCAUGGUUCCCAAUCCUUGAAUGCAGGCGGCGCCGGCGGCGGCAUUGAUGGACAAGAGACAGAUCAAUUGCAGGAUGCUCUUACUUCCUUUGGUUUCAACUUGAAGGAAGAGGAAAUGAACUUGUCUACGUCCUUGUACGAUGCAUCCAAUCUGAAUACAUUUGCCCUUACUACCGAGGAUCGUUCUCGCAAAUCCGACUUUCUAAACUCAUUCGCCCUCAUUCAAACUGUAAAUCGCAUUGUUAGCAUGCAUAGAUUAAAAGGAAUUGAUCCUGAAAUUCAUGCUCUUAUUUCAAUGUCGGCUCGAGACUACCUUGCAAACUUAAUACAAAAAAUGAUGGUUGAGAGCAAUCAUCGCACAACAGUCGUUGAUACAAAAAGACUUAAGCAAAUAGAUAAUGUUCGCCAAACGCUUGCAAGUAUCGCUCACAAAGAAUACGAAAGUGAAGAGCGCAGGCGUGCUGUGCUUAACAUCAGACGUGCCGAACAUGAAGCACGACUUGCUGAGAUGAAUGCAGCGAAUAAUGGCGAAGACGGUUCCUCAAGCAGACGUCGGAAGGAACAGAGCUCCGCUGCCGCUGCGAAAAACAUAUCUGAAGACGCACAAAACAGAAUGACCAAUGCUACGGCUAGUAUCAUGGCCGGUAGUGCCUUGCCAUCUGGAGGAAAAAAGUACUCGUGGAUGGCUACUGACAUGACACCAAUAACUCCUGCUAUUGGCGGUGGCUUUGGAAUAAGAAAAAAAGAUUCUGCUUCUCAUAAAAUGGCUAAUUUGGCUAAGGACGGAACUUUACCUGUAUUGCAUGAAGAACAGAACCUGGUUACUAUGAGAGACGCUCUUGCAGUUUUAGAGAUGGACCGUGAAGGCGCUGGUCGCGUUUUUGGUCGGGGAGCUCGAGCCAUGAUGCGUGGUUAUAUUCGGUUAAAAGACUGAUUCAACGAACCAUGUCUAUUCACUUUAACGUACAAAACUAGAAGAAAAAAACUCAAAGCUAUUUCUAACGACUUCAAGAGCUUGAAAUGCAAGUUCGCAGGGGCUCGAAAAGGGAUGGGAUAAUAAAAGGCUACAAACAGCUUCAAAUGGCUAUGGAAAUAAAGUUGAAUGAUCGACAUUGGCGUCAGAUGUGUUCUCUAUUUCAUUAGCAGCACUAUUAUUCGCCCUUUUUCGAAAAGUCUCUUUAUUUUUUGCCAAUAUUUUUCUAUAAUUAAUUUGAGUAGUUUAUGUUUUUAUAUAUAAAAAUGUUACUCUGUUUAGGGUUUCGUGAUGCAUUUCCUUUCAUUCUACCGUUACAAAAUAUGUUCCCACUAAGAGACUCUUUUGU